AUGGAUCGUCUUACUGAUUUCUGGGACUAUUGCAAUCCUCUGUCAGUCCAUGCCAAUGUAUACCGACAGCAGAGGAAUCUCCUUCUGGAGGCCAGGAGCCGAAAGGGUCAGAAACCCACUGACGCGUUGAAGCGGUCACGCGCCAAGCUGGAGGAGAGUUUCUUCACCAUGGCCCUCGAUUUGCGUCUAGGCAACCUUCUGCCCUCAGUCUCAGAGGGAGAAGUCCUUCGAACAACCUUCAUCGGUGAAUCGUAUCGUCCAUGCAUCAAGCCCCUGAGCAGCCUCGUGCCCAUUACUCUCGAUGAACUCAAGCUCGAGAUUCACCAUCGUGGAAGGGUUCUCCUGGCCAAGGUAUUCUGUGAGCCCAUCUACUCGGGCUCUAUCCUGAACGCGAUUGAAGAUAUCCAUGGGAACGUCGACUGUCUCUCGAUGUUCCACCAGCCUACAACAGAAUUUCCCACCAACAUCCUGCCCAAAGGCGCCAUCAUCGCGGUCAAGGAACCAUAUUACAAGCUCUCUUCUGAUAGAAGCACCAUAGUUCGUGUUGACCACCCCUCGGAUUGCAUGCUGCUGAAGCCUAGCCACGAGAUGGUGCCAUCAGCAUGGCAGCAGGUGGGGCGUGUCACCGUCCGAGCAUCUCGCAUGAAGGACAAGGGCAACGACGCGUUCAAAAAAGGGGACUGGGAAGCUGCUGUCAACCUGUACUCCGACGGCCUGGCAAUGGUGUCUGAUGACGAGGGGCAAGAUGAUCUGCGUCGCACUCUGUACCGCAAUCGUGCCCAGGCCAGAAUCCAUCUGGGCCAUUUUGAGCUUGCUGUCGAUGAUGCCACGGCUUCCAUUAUCCCUGGCAAGGACCUCUCUGAAGAGUCCAAGGCGUUGAACCUCAAGUCUCUAUUUCGAGCUGGUCGUGCUUAUUAUGAGCUGGCAGAGUUCACGCUGGCCAGAUCUUUCUUCGAGCAGGCUGAGGCUCUCGGAAUCGAGGACGAGAACGUCCAUGCGGAGCUGGAUCGAACCAAGAAGCGCCUUCUGGAGCAGGAAAAGGGCGAAUACGACUUCGUCGAGAUGGCUGCUUCGCCGACCUUUUCUCACACGGAACUCGAUCAUGCAUCUUUCCUGAGCAACACCAAGAUUGACCUGGCGGGCUCUCAUGGCCGUGGCCUCUUUGCAACCAAGGAUAUCAAGCAUGGCGAGAUAGUCAUGGUAGAGAAGGCCUUUUGCGCAGCCAUGGAGUCCAACACUUCCAAGACGUCGGACCUCCUGGUUGACACGAACACUCACUUCUCGACGUUCGGCACACACUCCCGCCUUCUGUUCCGCACGGUCGAGAAGCUGCGAUGGAACCACAAGCUGGCCAACAAAUACCUGGACCUAUACGCCGGCCCCAGCUACAAGAAGAAGGAGGCCAGGAUCGUCGACGACACCGUCAUCAUCGACAUCUUCCAGGUGGAGGUCAUCUCGCAGUUCAACGGCUUCGUCUGCGCCCAGGUGAAGACCCGCCUCCCGGACGAGAGCGCGUGCUCCAAGGUGCAGGGAUCGACGGGCAUCUGGCUGCACGCCUCCUACGCGAACCACUCGUGCCUCGAGAACACCGGCCGCGCCUUCAUCGGCGACAUGAUGAUCCUGCGCGCCUCCAGGGACAUCAAGGCCGGCGAGGAGAUCACCACGGCCUAUUUCGUGGGUACGGAACCGACUAUCGACCGCAAGCGCAAGAUGAGCUACUACUUGUUCAACUGCGACUGCCGCUUGUGCGCGGCCGAGCGCAAAGUCUCCAUUCUAACCCUGGUGGAGCGUGACAGGCUCACCGGGCUGGCCGAGCGUUUUAUCAUCGAGAACGCAUGCACAAACCUCCAUGAGACCUGCCCCGCGCCAGACGACAAGCUCAAGUUCGCCCAGGACUUGCAGUCGAAACUUACCGCCACCUACGACGCGGCUCUGUACAAGGACCUGCCCCGUUUCGCGUGUAUGCCCAUCGACGCUUGGCUCUGCCAGUCUGACCCUACGCCCUCCAACGGCAUCGUCUCGUCGACCCGUCUGCUGCGCGAUCUCGGCUACAAGAUCAGCGUCAAGGGCGGCGAGCUGACCAUCGACCGCACCAACGGGGUCUUUACUGCCGCCACGGCGCAUGGUGCCAUGUACGCCGCCAGGGCCUGGGCCGUGGCUGGUCGGUACCAGGUCGUGCCUGGAUUCAUCCAGUUUGGCAAGGAGGUCUACCUGGCGUAUUAUGGCGAGAUGGACGAAUUUUCGGACCUGUUUGGGCUGAAGUUCUUUCUGGCUGGCACUGCUGAGAGUGGUGGUGGGGAGGCCCUUGUCGCCUUUCUGCAAGGCUUGGGCCUGUGA